AUGCCACUGAGAUGCUCUUCCACAGAGUAUCAGGGUCACUCUGAGAAAGCCUUACAUGUUAGCCUUUAUGAAGCGGGAGGCCAUGAACCCCAAUCCAUCUUGCCAAGAUGGGCCCAACCAGUGAUACCCACUUCACAGAGCUUGGCUCAAUUCCCCAGGCGAAUGGCCGAAUUGAUGAUGUGUGGUGGCUGUGGUGGCGAUGAUCAGCCUGAUGACUACUUCUCUUUGCCUCAUGCGCCGCCUGAGAUGUAUGAGUCAAGCAAACCAUACUCUACGGAAACCCAACCAAUGGUGGGAGCUCAAGUGCUACCGGAAACCAUUGCGUUUCCCUUGAUUGACGCAAAAGACUUCAGUCAUGGAAUCUUUAGCGAGGAUUCAGCGCACGACACUUCAACACAUGCAACAUUUGCUCAAGAAAUUCAGCUGCAAGCCACGCCAGAGCUCAUGCAGGAUGGUUUCAUCUACACUCACAAUACUAUAUUUCCUAGUAUUUUCCCAAAUCAACUUGUGAAGCAGGAACAAGAACUGCUCAGCUCGCCUGUGUUCGGACAAGACACCUUGGUACGGAGCGAACAAGUCCAUGCCAGCUAUGGGCUAAACCCAAUGAAUCCAUCUGUUGCACAAUCGAUGCAACAGGCAGACAUCCCCCCGGUCUUGAUAGUGUCUCCUGGAAGUCUCAUAGAUCCUGUACACCAAGGGUCUUGGGCGAACACGAAUAUGCAUGUUCAACAGUCGAACUUUGAUAUUCUGAUGCCGAACCAGCGUGGCGGAAAGCGAGGCCCAUUCCGUGACCCUAACCUUCGGGAGCAAACAGCUCAAACAAGAAAAAUCGGAUCUUGUAUCCGGUGCAGAAUGCAGCGAAUAAGAUGCGAACAUAAUCCAGAUGAGCCAGGAGGCGCAUGUCUAACCUGCAAGAAAGUUUCCAACACCAAAGCAGGCAGGUUUCCAUGCCUGAGAUACAAAAUUACCGACAUUCGACUUUUCAAACCGGGGCAAGUUCCAGGAUACGAAUGGACAAGGCGGUGGAACAACAACAUAUCUGAUCCGAUUCAAAAAUGGGCAUCAUCGGAUGUCAAGUCUAUCAGCAUCUCAGCCGGCUAUUCUACAAAAUGUAUCGAAUUGAAAGUCCGAAAAUUUGUACCACAAGAGGGCGACAAACUAGAACGAACGUGGGAUUUCGAAGGAAGAAAGAGGUCGGUGAAAAUCCCGCCUUAUGCUUUGAUGGAUCUAGAUUACGGAAAGUCAGCAUAUGAGUCGCAUAUUCGGGAUACUAUGGGCGAUACUCUGCAAUAUGUGGCUGAGCGCUCCUGUGGUUUGUUGAAGAAGACGUAUAUGCAGGCGUUCCAAAUGUACCAGGAUCCAUCAAUUCCAGAGGACUGGAAACAACUUUUCGAUUGGACCUUCAGGUUAUGGGUUGCUGUUCGACUUUCGACGACCUCGGAGUUUAUUGUUGGUGAAGAAAAGCUAGGCAUGUCGGACAACAUUCUAGACAGCACGAGCCCUCAUAGUGGCAAGAUUCCUGUCCCGCCAGUCCUUGGUGCACAGUUGGACUUGGUCUUGAUUCAUCAUAUCCAAACAAAGCUCAGACGCGAGUUGCUGGACAAGUUACAAAAAAUGAUUCUCAAGAACAAGCCAAGUACAUGGUUUGUAACGUACCUAGUGACCUUCAUGUUGCUGCACAAUGCAGCACUAAUUACGGCGCAUGACGCCGCAUAUGCUAGGAAGCAUGGGAUUAAAUUGCUGACGACAGGCCGUUUUGUUGAGCUGUUAGGGGCAAACAUUCUUCUGGCUCAUUUCCACUACUGUAACAAGGGUUGGUAUCCAUUCUCGGAGGAUUGCAAGGGCCAGGAUCUGCGGGCACUUGCAGAUCUAAAUGACGAUAAGAUUCGGUUUGUGCAUGCGACGAGGAAGUUUGCCAGGGAACACAAACGAGAAUGGGAUAUACUGCGUGAACAAGGAGCUUGGGAAGAUGAUUACUUUUUUGUUAGCCAACUGUUUGAGGAGAACUGGCAUCCCCGGUCUGAUGCAUAG